AUGGCAACUCGAGUCUUAAUUGCAGAUGAUGAUGACUUUUGUGCAUCAACAGUGCAAGCAUUGCUCUCGUCCUUAUCCAUUGAAAGCGAAAUUGUUACCAAUGGAAUUGAGUGCUGUGAAAAAUUAGAAAGCGAACCAGGGAAAUUUCACAUUGUACUGAUGGACUUCUGGAUGCCUGAGAUGGAUGGACUCGAAGCUACUAGAUGCAUUAAAGAUCUUGGCUUAGGCCAAGUCAAUAAAGUUUAUGGAAUAACAGCAGAUUCUGAUCCUGAGAUAAUUGCUAAAGGAAGAAAUUCUGGAAUGGAUGAUGUUUUUAUCAAGCCAUUAACUCUCCCUCCCUCCGUGAGUGAACAAAAACAUUGUGUUCACUCACGGAGGGGGUUAAUUUUUUUUUUUUAAAACAAUUUAUAUAUAAAUUUAUAAAAAAUAAUUUUUUUUCGAAAUUUAAAAAAAUCCUAAUUCGCAAAAAUUGGAAAGCAAAUACUAAUUCGAUUUGCAAAAUUUAUGUUUUAAAAAGCAAUUCGUUCAAAACUAAACAGAAUUAGCUCUAGAUUUCAUUAUACUAAUUAUCAUUUAUAUAUCAAAAAUUUUUUUCCAUAAAAAAUUUUUUUAAUAAAAAAUUUUUGUUCACUCACGGAGGGUGGGUUUUUGGGCAAAAAAUAGCGAUUUUUCUAAUGGUUUUGUUCACUCACGGAGGGGGGGAGUAAGUAUACCUACAUUGCGAAAAAUACUGCCUUAG